AUGCACUUUGGCGGGGCAACGUCAAUCUCUUGGAUUGAACAUCCAAUAUUUGCACAGCGAGCGGCGGACAGUCGGUGGCCGUCUGGUAUAGCGAUUCGAGCCGAAGGGUCGACUGGACGAUGGCCACCUGGGUUGAGCACCAACUAUGCGUGUGGAGCGGUUAGUGAAGGGACGACCAUAGGGAUUUCAGUUGAGGACAAUAGUCGGCUUUUUUGGAUUCAUUGUUCUGCAUAUUUUCGGUUGGACUCCUCCAAUAUAUGCUUGCCGCUCAUCGCCUUCCAGUCUCCACCGCCAUUAACCCAAAACCGCGGGCUUUAUCGCAGGUUUGUUGAAUUGGGGAUUUUGGUUUCUGUGAUGGGAGAUUCCAGUGGAGGGAAGGAGAUUGGGUGUGACUUGGGGGGAGAAGUGUUGAGGAAACUUCACGCUUGUUCGAUGUCCGAAAAAGAGACGGGAGGCGUUGAGUUGAGAACAAAUGAUGUCAAAGCAGGUGAUGAAGAAUGUGAGCGGAGUUUGUUUGGCAAAAUAGUGGGAGACAGGCCUGCAAAUAUUAUGGGUGUCAAGAGGAUGAUGAGUAACAUUUGGAAGUUGCAGCAGGCGAUGGAGGUUAAGGAGAUUAGUUCUAACUAUUUCCAAUUUCUUUUUACAUCCAUGGACGACAAAGCGAAGGUGGUGGCGGGGAAUAACUGGUUAUUUGAAAACCAGUAUCUUAUUUUAACGGAAUGGUUUGAGGGACUGCACAACACUCACCCGUGUUUUGACGAAAUUAACAUAUGGGUUCAAGUGCAAAAUGUGCCUCUGAAUUGGAUGUGUACGGAGGUGGGCAUGAGAAUAGGCCAGAUAUUCAAUAAAGUGAAGAACAUGGUCAUCUGCAAAGUGGGAGGAGAAGUAGGGAGCUUUAUUAAAAUCCUUGUUGGCCUUAAUCUUAAGGAACCUAUUCCCAGGUGCACAGUAGUGAAGUUGGGAGAUACGCGCACAAUGGUGAUUUUUAGAUAUGAGAGAUUAGUGAAUUUGUGCUAUUACUAUGGGAUGAUCGGCCACCUGGAUAGAGGUUGUAAUCGCAGAGCGGAGGACAUUGAGAAAGGCAAGCCAAUAGAAGGUCAAUUUGGAGAGUGGCUUAAGGCAAAGGAGACCUACCAUGGUGGGAGAACCUUUCAGGCCAGCAGUUCAGAAGAUAGAAGUGUCCCUCCUCAGCAAAAUUCAAAUCAAGUAUCUAUUGUGUCUGCUAGUGUUACUCCGGCAUCUAAAGCUUAUUCUACACCAGAUGUUCACAAAGGCAGUCUUGUGGGAGAGAAGGGGGAUGCAAAGAUUGCAGAUUCUCUGUCCAAUAAUCCUAGAGGUCUGGAGAUUAUCCCAUCUUCAGUGGACUCUAUGCUCUUUCUCAACGUUGAUUUGGGGGAAAGGAAGGAAUAUCAUAUGGAUAUGGAACCUCAAGGGCUAAGGAUCUCUCUCAGCCUAGAGCUGCUCAAGGGUAAAGCUAAGGGAGCAGAGAUAACUAAACCUGUUUCUACCUGGAGAAGAAAGGAUAAAAGUGCUGGUAGAUUGUUGAGGUUGUCUGAUAACUUGACAGAAACAUCUCCAAUCUCUGGAAGAGGGAAAGAGGGAGAGGAGGCAGCACCAGAUUAA